GUAUAUUUUGCAGCUUCCUGCUGCCUGUUGUUGCUUUGUCGCGCUGUUGUUGCUGCCUGCGCUGACUGAAUUGUGAGCAGGUCGCGAAUUUUGAAAUCGCUCCAUUCACGCUGCUCGCAAACGAGGGGAAAAAAGCAGCGAAAUAAAAAUAAAUAAAUAAAUAAAUCCAUAGCACAUACAUAUCCACUCAUAUGUAUAUUCCUAACGUGCAUGCCAAAUAACGAAUCUCGAUCAAGUGUUGGUCCGAGGCUCUGCCAAGAUGAGCGCCAAUAGCAACGACAACUUAUGCGAGGACAUCUCAUUGUUGAAGUCCUACAUAGAAUAUUUUGAUGUGCUACCGUUGGAGCUCAGGAACGACAUCAUCUACUGUCAACGAGCAUUGCGCGACUUUCUCAAAGUGCACGGGCUGGUGUCCGAUGUGUUCAAGGAGCAGGCCGAUGCGGAUCCGGUGCAGAUGCGGCGCAUCCUCGACGAGCUGGAGUCGGAAGUAUACGAGAUAAACGCUGAGCAACAAUGGCUGAUGAUGCGCCUGGAAAAGCAGCUAGAGUCGCUAUACAAAAAGCUGGCGGCGAACAAUAUACGAAUUUUACCUGACCUAGGCAACGAGUACAUCUCCAGCCUGAUCGUGCCUUUCGUUGGCGAUACCAACUACAAAAUCUAUCCGAAAUCUGUGCUGUGUCGCGACACCGAAGAGAUGCUUAUACGAAAGCAUUUCCUCAUCUCGCACGACGACGACGGUGGCAUUGAGCCGCUCAAGCUUAGCGAACUGGACGACAAUGUGCCGCUGUUGCUGGUGAAUGCACUGACUGCCACGCCUACUGCCAAGCCCACUGCCACCAUCACUGCCCCAGACAUCGUCCAGGCCUCGACCAGCAGCGGAGCACAGAUGAUGAUUGAAAAGAACGAUUUGGGUGAUAACAUAAUGAGGGCAUCGUCAUCGCUAUCGCCAGCGCCAGCGAAGCUCCAGCCUGAGUUGUUGCCUGUGCUGACCAAAAAGGACGAUCCGCGUUCGCUGCUGAUACCGCGUAACGCCCAAACAUCCGAUGUUCAGCCUGAGAAGUUCGCAGAGUCGGCGUCGUCAUUGACGCCACCACCACCACCUCCGCCCCCACCCCCGCCGCUGGUGGCCGCCAAGCAGCGGGCGUCCCGAGCAGAUGCCAAGCAGGCGAACAAAACGACCUCACCGCCGCCGCUGGCGCCCAUCACCAAGCCGCCAAUCGGCACUGACUUCGAGGUUGUGGCCCAGAGUAGAAUGAAUUUGCGCCAGGCGCUGCGCCGCGCUCGCAAGACCAAACAACAACCGCGACAAAUCGACGAGGAGGAUGUCGUUGUGCUGCCCGUAGACAAGGUGACGACGGAGAGCACUCCGCCACCCAGCGUCGCGGUGUCCAAAGCGAAGGCGGGCAAAGCGAUAGAAAUAACUGCUACCCCAGUUGUCCUGGCCACAGUACACGCAACGACGAAUAAGAAGUCAGCGCCAUCGGUGUCCAGUAAACAGUAUAAGACGCGCAAUGCGCACGGGGUUGGACGUAAGCCGACGUCGAAUCCAUCAGCAGCGCAAGUGGCCGCACAGCAGGCGGCAGCUGCAGCAGCAGCAGCAGCGGCAGCAACAACGGCAGCAACAGCAGCAGCAACAGCAGCCGCUGCAGCGGCAGCAACUGCGGGCUCGUCCGGUUCUUCUGAUGAUUCGCAUCACGAACUGGAGCUGGAGCAGCAGCGUCUGUGCGCCUCGGCGGCACAGUGGCGCGAUGAGCCGCGUGAGACCCGGGUCCUGCCCUCGGAAUACGGGCGGGAGCAUUUCCUUGGCCUCUUCGGGCUCUACACACACGAGAUGGUCAAGAAACUGUGCCAGCGCCACUCGAAGCGCAAACGUCGAACCGUUCAGAAUGCCAGCGGCGUUGUCUUUCACUAUGGCCAGCAGCUGGCCGCCUUCGAUACGGUGCGUCAGAAGAAACUAAAGGAUAAGCCGGAGUUUCUGCUGUCGCCCAAGGAUAAGCGACUUCAGGCCAAAAAGGCCCACAAGGCCAACGCGGCAGCCGCGGCGGCUACCAAUCGGAAGAGCAAGAGUAAAACGCCCGAAAAGCUGGAAGACGUGGGCAGCAGUCAGCCGGACGUCGGCAAACAGAAAUGCAAGGAAUGCAAGAAACGAGGUGAAAAUCUGCAGAGCUGUCUGAGUUGCCAUGGGGUUUAUCAUAUGGAUUGUCACGAGGAUGCCAAAGGAAAGCCGCAGUCGAGCAAUCGCUGUCCGCAGUGCUUGCGUGACUGGAACUUGUCGGGCAGGAUAAAGGUAGCGGCUUCGUCCUAGUGCUAAGAUUUGUUGUUUUUGCUCCACUGGGAGCAUUCUGGCCUUUUGUUGUACAAUGUAACCUGACCGUUGAAUCCUAAAAUAUGUCUGUACAUAUAUAUAUAUAUAUAUAU